UUUACUCAAACAACCUAUAAAAUAAUGCAACAAACAAUUGUCUUCCAUCAUUUAGUUUAAUUCUUUUUUAACUUCAACAGCUACCAAUUUAAAUUUAAAGUAAAUCAAAAUUAACCCCUUAAAUUCUUCACAAUGCUUCUUCUUUUUUCUCUUAUCAAUCGAUCUUUCCCUUCAAAUCGUUAUUUAGAAUUGAUACUAUUAUUCUAAGUUAGUAUUACUAGGAGUAAUUAGCAUGAUGAUCACAAUGAUGAAAUCAUAUAGAGGGAAACUACAUCUUCCUAUGCUUGCAGGAGUUGUUUGUGCUCUUGCAUUCUUGGUUUUAUUGUACAAUGAAAGAAUCAGCUUCCUUUCUUCAACUUCCUUCAUGAGGUUCAACACUUGCGCGGCUAGGAGAGCCGCCCGUGAUGCAACAGAUGGUGGAAGGGCGAAAAUAGAUGAUAUGGAAGAGGAAGAUAAAUUGGAGUAUGACGCGGAUAUAUGUGAUAUAACUGAAGGAAGAUGGGUGUAUAAUCGAUCGAUAAAACCUCUUUACUCGGAUAGAAGUUGCCCAUAUCUAGACAGACAAGUUUCAUGUGUGAAGAAUGGACGACCUGAUUCUGAUUAUCGUUACUGGCAAUGGCAACCUGAUGAAUGUUCUUUGCCUAGAUUUGAUCCAAAUAGAGCAUUGAGAAAGUUAAAAGGGAAGAGAAUGUUGUUUGUUGGUGAUUCAUUACAAAGAGGACAAUGGCAAUCUUUUGUUUGCCUAGUGGAGUCAAUCAUACCAAAAGAUCAAAAGUCAAUGAAACGUGGACGUGUUCAUUCAGUCUUUAGAGCCAAGGAAUACAAUGCUACAAUUGAAUUUUACUGGGCCCCAUUUCUGGUGGAAUCAAAUUCAGAUAUCCGCAUAGUAGGAGAUCCUAGGAAGAGGAUAUUGAAGGUGGAUUCAAUUGCAAAGCAUGCCAAAAAUUGGUUAGGUGUUGAUUUCCUUCUCUUUAACACCUAUGUUUGGUGGAUGAGUGGCUUGAAGAUUAAUUCACUAUGGGGCUCAUUUGCAAAUGGAGAAGAAGGGUAUGAAGAGCUUGAUGCUCCAGUUGCUUACAGACUUGGUUUAAAGACAUGGGCCAAUUGGGUUGAUUCAACCAUUGAUCCGAACAAAACAAGGGUGUUUUUCACUACAAUGUCUCCUACUCACAUGAGGCCUGUUGAGUGGAACAAUAAGGAUGGUAUCAAGUGCUCCAAUGAAACAAGACCGGUGAAGAAGAGAGGGCAUUGGGGAUCCGGGUCCGAUAAACGGAUAAUGAAGGUGGUGGGAGAAGUGAUAGGGAAGAUGAAGGUCCCUAUAACCCUCCUUAAUGUUACACAAUUAUCAGAAUAUAGAGUUGAUGCACACACCAAAGUGUACACAGAGACAGGAGGCAAAUUGCUGACUGAUGAACAAAAGGCUGACCCUUUGCAUCAUGCUGAUUGUAUACAUUGGUGCUUGCCUGGUGUUCCUGAUACUUGGAAUCAAAUUUUCCUAGCUCACUUGUGAAAGGGUGUAACCUAUUAAAACUAUAAAUGGUUACAUGUAAUAUAAUUUUUUCCUAGCUCAUUCUCUAUUACUUUGCUUCUUAAUGUUCCUUAUGUUUACAGCUUUGCAUAAAUUUUUCAA